UCCCUCUCCACUACACACUGAUCUGCAAUUACCCUGCGUGUGUGUGUGUGUGUGUGUGUGUGUGUGUGUGUGAGAGAGAGAGAGAGAGAGAGAGAGAGAGGGAGCACAUGUUCAUGCGUGUGUGAAAGAGGGGAUGUGCGAGCGUGAGCAUGCGAGUGUGUGUGUGUGUGUGUGUGAUUUCUAAACAGAAAGGAUUUUGUCGGCGCCUAUUUCCAUUCUGGCUCAAGCACCAACCUGACCACCUGGACCGCUUGCCUGCUUGGACCUCAGCGGAGGAAGCAUCGGAGAUCGGCAGAAUGGAACGCAUCAGGAGCGUGGAAGGAGGACCUCUCUCUUGGACCUGCACUCCAUAGCAACCUCCUGGAGGCUGGGGAGGGGAAGGGGAUGUUCCCAUCCUGUCUGCUGAUCCUCUCACAUCAUCUCUGCUGACUCUGUUUGCAGCCACAUGGGCCGAAUCUGCACUCGUCUGAACUCACCUGGUCUCCAGCGUUACUCCUGUGAAGGCAAGGCAAAGCACUUCCAAUCAGAAGAUACUGGACGCUGAGUAAGAUGCAGUCUCUGCCAACAUGGGGGCAGACCCAAUAGAAUGUGUGGAAAUGAGGUAACCAGGUGUACCAAUACAAAUCAAUGGCAUUGUUCAAACUCUAAGCUAAAUAGCAAGCCUAAACUUCAUCAUCAUGCCAUUAAACUAAUAAUACCGACUCUGUUAAGCCCUCAACUUGGGCUUGUCCCCAGUCAAGAAGGAUGGGUGAUAGGCCCAUGAAUGUAAUUUUUGACCAAACUUUUCAUCCCAUCCUCACAUGGAUCCUUCUGCCUCCCUUCACAUGCCGAGGAACCUCACAAGCCACGGUCAACUCAAUAGUGGCUGGGCCAAUGGCUCAGGAGUGUCUCUAACCAAUGAUGGAACUCUCUUCCACAUGCUGGCCCUCUGCAUCAUGGUUUUGAUGGACAUUCUGGCUGUGGUAGGCAACCUGACAAUUAUGGCAGUCAUUGCCAGGGCACCACGCCUGCACAAGUUCAUCUUUGUCUUCCACCUGUGUCUGGUGGACCUCUUAGCUGCUCUAGUGCUAAUGCCUCUGGGGAUGUUGACAGAGCAGGCGUUCUUUGAUGAAACUGUGUGUCAGGCAUACCUGUGCUUGAGUGUUGGCCUUAUCAGUGCCACCAUCCUCACCAUCUCAGCCAUCAAUGUGGAACGGUACUACUACAUUGUGCAUCCAAUGCGCUACGAGGUUAAAAUGACCAUUGGUUUGGUAGUUUCUGUUCUGGUUGGCAUAUGGAUCAAAGCAACACUAAUGGCUGCUCUUCCCUUGCUGGGAUGGACGCUGCAGAGAGAAGAGGAGGUACAGUCGAAUCUGAUUUUGGAACCUCGAUGCUGCUCUUUACAUUCAAUGAACAGGGGGCCCCACCGAUUGGUUUUUAUGCUCCUCUUUGCACUCAUAUACUUCCUCUGUCCUGUAUUUAUCAUUCUUGUGGUUUACUGUAACAUGUUUAAGGUAGCCAGAGUAGCGGCUAUGCAACCAGGUCCCGUGCCUACAUGGGUGGAGACUCCACGGCCUCGUUCAGACUCUUUGAGCAGUCGUUCCAGCACAGCAGCAAGUCUCGCAACAACUCGCAACACACCGCAGAGGACAUUUGGUGGUGGGAAGGCAGCAGUUGUACUGGUGGCUGUUGGGGGUCAGUUUCUCGGCUGCUGGCUCCCCUAUUUUUCUUUUCACCUUUACUCGGCCAUUGUCGCCUCUUCUCCUGCCUCACUGGCUCAAAUAGAAGAUGUGGUCACUUGGAUAGGUUACUUCUGCUUCACCUCCAAUCCUAUUUUCUACGGCUGUCUGAACCGGCAAAUUCGUGAGGAAUUGGCGAGAAACGUGGCCUGCGUCUUUAAGUGGGGUCGACCACGUGACGAGGAAGAGCAGUUGCCCAGCAGAGAGGCUUCAAUCGAAGAGAACUUUCUCCAGUUUCUCCAGGGUACCGGUUGUAACCUUGGGCCCAGGAACUCACAAAGCAUCUCCGUCCCACAGAAAGAUGAUGAGGACACUCUCUCCGUUCAUCAUAGGCCUUCGGUCGACUUCCAUAUUCCUGGACAGAUCAUGGAAGAGACGUCAGAAUUCUUAGAUCAGCAGCAGCUGAACGAUUUCAAUAUAACAGGCAACUGUUUAAAAACAAUGUCUGAGCUGCAGGGUUAAUAUUUACAAAAUAUUUAUGGAAUAUAUGUCUUUUAUUGUUAGAACAAUCUGUUGUGCACACUUUUUUGAUAACUUACCUGAUACUUUGUAUUUGGUGAUAAGGCUAAUGUUUGAUUUUAAAGAUUUUAUUUUAUGGAAAGCAUUCUGGUAGAACUCAGCUUAUAUACAACAGUUGCUCUGCGUGGGUUUGAAAAUAAAUGAUCUCAUCACUGCAA